CUUUCCCGACGGGUGGGGGUAGCGGAAGUGUACGGUACGGCGGCCGUAAUGGGACUGGAGAGUGUGUCUGUUAGGGAGUAAGUGUCUGCUCCGUAAGUCUUGUUUUGCAACGGGACUCCCUUUUUCGGUUUUGGCCGCGAAGGGAUGGGGACCCGAACUUCGAGUCUCCGCGGGGACUCCCGGCUAUGAAAGGCAGAGACUCGGCAGGGAGUUCAGCACCUGCCACCGCACGAGAACCGCUUAGCGCGGGCGGGCUCCACCUAGAUCCUGUUAUUGGCUUGAGUCAGAAGUGAAGAAAAAUGGGUAUGAUCUGUUUCUUUUGGAUACCAGAAAGGCAAGAGAUCUGAAAUUUCUGUGAGCAGCAUCUCUGUACUCUGCCUGUUAUCUUAACAUUACAAUCUGUGACAUGCAGCAAAUGGAUAUCCUGCUAGUUUUGCAGAUGUCUUGGUGUGUACUUUUGUCCUUUGAAGGAGUCUUUCACUUGGCACAAUCUCAGUAAAAACAGAUGGAAUGACAGAUUCUACCUAAGGGGGGGGGAAGUACCUGCCCCAAGGCAAAAAUUUAAAUAGAAAUGCUGAGCCCUGUUUUGUCAUCCUAAUCUUUGUAUAGAGACAACUAUGUUCCAUCACCUCGUUUGAGUAGGUUGGCUACUCCUUUGAGUGGGCUUCUCCUACAAAAUUAUUUAUUUCUUAGUACUUGUCUAGAUGUGUUAUUCAGUAACACUUGUAGUAGGUCCAUUUAAAUAAUGUAUGCAUUAUAUAAGCCUAUAUAGUUAAAGUGUUUUGCCCCCUUCAGAGGUGACAUAAAAUGUACUUUGAAAAGACAAGUGUUCCUGUACCAUUCUCCCCCUCCAGGAAGUCUGGGCCUACAGCCAAGAUUGUAGCUCUUAAAUCAACAAGUCUGGGCUUACUUGUAAACAUUGAAGAGACCGGGAAGAAUCCUUAUUAGGUUUCUCCAGAUAUCCCCUAGUAACCUUAGGAUUUCAAUGCGAAGAAGCAACAUGGAGAUCAGUCCUUGAAGCAGGAGACUCCUCCCCCCUCCGCCAAACUAAUACUCACUGCUAUGGACAGUGCAAUCACCUUGUGGCAGUUCCUUUUGCAACUUCUUCAGGAGCCUCGGAACAAGGAUAUCAUCUGUUGGACCUCCAAUGAUGGAGAGUUCAAACUUCUGCAGGCGGAAGAGGUGGCCCGUCUCUGGGGGAUCCGCAAGAACAAGCCCAGUAUGAACUACGACAAACUCAGUCGUGCUCUCAGAUAUUAUUAUGUGAAGAAUAUCAUCAAGAAAGUGAAUGGUCAGAAGUUUGUUUACAAGUUUGUGUCUUAUCCGGAGAUUUUGAAUAUGGAUCCACUAGCGGUUGGCAGGAUUGAGGGUGAUGCUGAGUCGCAAGCAGGCUUUGUAGAUGUUAGCAAUGCUACAAAAGACAUGGAGAACUGUGGGAAAGAGAAGCCUCAGUCCUGUGCCAAGUCCUCUAGCCGCAAUGAUUAUAUCCACUCAGGCCUAUAUACUUCGUUCACGUUGAACUCCCUAAAUUCCUCCUCUUGUGUAAAACUCUUUAAGCCAAUCAAGAUGGAGAACCCAACUGAGAAACUGGCAGAGAAAAAAACUCAGGAUUCAACACCUUCAGUUAUAAAAUUUGUGACCAUGUCCUCCAAAAAACCUUCAGUAUCUCCCCUUGCCUCUGCUACUCAGCCAGCCUGUAUUAUAUCAGCUGCCUCUACCCUUUCUUCUGGUUCAGAUGAAAGUCUCCAGGCUUUGGAGUCUCUAAUAACGCCAAAAGUGGCUCCUACUGAACCUUCAGCUUCCUUGCCAAGCUUGACCACAAAUCUCACUCCUGCAACCUCCAUUUCUCCUACUCUCCAGGUUCCUCCCAGGUCUCCUUUGCCACCUUUACAUUCUAAUCCUGAUCCAGUUAUAGACUCUGAUACUGAGUCUGUGGCUUGCCAGCAGCUGGAGCAUUCUCAGAACCAAGUCUUUGAGUACAAAGAGCAGGCUUCUUCCAUGCUAGAAAAGGAGCUUCGUCAUAGCCGAAUUAGAAAGCCCAAAGGGCUGGAGAUUGUUCCCACUCUGGUCAUUACUGGCAGUGACCCAAGUCCAUUGGGAAUACUAAGCCCUUCUCUCCCUACUGCUUCUCUUACACCAGCACUUUUUUCACAGACGCCUAUUUUGCUGACCCCAAGCCCCUUGCUCUCCAGUAUCCAUUUUUGGAGCACUCUCAGUCCAGUUGCUCCUCUCAGUCCAGCAAGAUUACAAGGUGCUAACACCCUUUUCCAGUUUCCAUCGGUGCUGAAUUCUCAUGGACCAUUUACUAUGUCAGGAAUGGAUGGGCCCUCCACUCCUGGGCCUUUCUCCCCAGACUUACAGAAGACAUAGUGUAUGUUUUUCUUGGGAGAAGGGAAGAUGGGAAUCCAGUUUUUAAGGAGUGGUUUGUAAUUCCACAGAGACAAUAUGAACUGACUUGAUUUUUGUUAUUCCCAGUUCAAAUGCCUUUGCAAAAAUUCCUUUCAAGACAUAAGGAAAUUUGUAUGGAAACGCCUUAAUUGGAGACUGUUCUCCACAAUCUCUUCUCUCUCCUGCUUCUUUUGGUUUAAGGAGGCUUCUCUUGGUAAAGGGAUCUCUUUUGGGGGGGUGAGAAUGCAGUGAUGAAUCUGCAGCAACUGACAUCAGUCACAACUUCCUUUUUGACUGGUAACUUUUCACUCCUCUGCUUCUUGUAUAACAUCCAAAUAUUACUCAUCAUUGGAAGCUGGCAUUCCAAGAAAUACUUGGAAAAAUUUUUUUUUAAGGCUUGUUUUUAGGAUUGAUAAUUUCUCUUUUAUUAAUGCAGGAAUACAGUUGGAACAUAUCUCUUUGUAAGAGGAAAUGUUUCAGGAGCAUUUUAUGGUGGUAUAGAAGAGAACUGGGAAAUUUGUUAAGGCAGGUGUGUGUAGAUAAAGAAUAUGUAGUUGUGUAUCCUUUAGCAGGAAAUGUUUGUUUACCUUCCAAGAAUUGUGUGUACAGUACAGAAAUGCAUAGAUCAUGGAAUGAAUUGCUUUGGUCUUCUCGAAAGAUUUGGAUGUUUUAUGUCUGAUAAUUGUUUGGUAGGUUAAAAAUAUCCCCUAAUAUCUAAUAGAGAACAUUUAAAUUAGCAAAUCACGCUAACAGUGGAUCUCUGCAGUGGAUGUUGUGUGGCACUGGGGUAACCAUGUGUUUGGUAUGCUGUGUGCGGUGUUGUCUUGAUGCUUCAUAAUGUCACAUGUUGAGUUUAUAUUUUAUUCUUUAUUCUCCCCCACCCACUUCAACAAAUAAGGUACCCAAAGACAUGUUGUUUCUCUUGGUUCCUGAUACCUCUGGGUGAUCCAUAUUCCUUACGCUCCAGCUGUCGCUCAAAUUUCAGUUUUGUGCUUGUUGGUAUUCCAAAAACAGGAAGCAGUGUGCAGUUAUUGGAAAGGGUUCCUGUUGAUGAGGAGGGUGUCGGUGAGAGAGGGCAGGCUGGCACAAGCUGUUUUAUAGUCUGAAAGAGCUAAAAGUUGCUUUUAGGCUGCACUUAAUCUUGUGGCAAGGCAGUGGUUAAACCACAGGUGCGGUGUUUCUAGAUGUCUUCAGCACGAUGGUAGUUCAGACAUAAAUAAUGUGGUGAUAACUUUUAUGCUGGCUUCCUGGUGUGGAAGUCUUGCUUUUAUGACUAGAAAUGGAAAGUAUGAUGGUAACCUGGAUAGAUGUUCACACCGCUAGUGGUUAUCUCUCAAUAGAAAGAGAUGUAUAGUAUUUCUGCAUAAAUGCUGCCGUUGGCCCCUGUGUUUGCACGACCAAGUUCCUAAAAGCACCUUCAGACCUUUAGCCUUAAGUAGCUAUUUGAUGGAAAGUAAGAUAAAUACCAGGUGUCUUGUAACCUUCCUAUAAACAGGUGGUGUGGGUUUUUGGCCUCAGGAAGUGUGAACCAUCUGCCCAGUAAAGAUUAAAUUCAGAUUUCCCAUCAUGACUGUGGUGACCACUUUUAGUGGAGUCCUUCAGCAGCAGAGAUGGUGAAAAGCAAGCAACUGUUUGAAACAGCAACUCCAGUGCAAGAGUAAAAUUAGUGGAUUUGAUAGAAGUUUGAAAUGCUGUGCUGUGUUUAAGACCAGCAGGAGACUCUAACACUAUCAUUCAAGCACUUCCAUAAGAUCUCUGUUCAUUUCAAAAUGUGUAUGAGAAUGUCCUAUGGGUGAGUAUGGUGCUAAAGGAGAAGACGUUUACUGAUUUUUUUUCUUCUUCAUCAAAAUACAUCAACUAGAUUUUUCCUUCAUAUUUGUCAUGCACCACUCACAAGAACAGUCAAAUGUUAUGUUAUUGGACUGUCCUUCCAAAAUCACUCCUAGUAAGAGGAAAGGAAUUAUAUAAUGUAGCUGAGAACCCAAAGAGACAGCAGAAAAUGUGCUCUUUCUGUUACCCAAGGUGGGUUGCUGAUUCAUUUUCCAGAUGUGAUCAGAUAAUUAUUUAAAAGGCCCAUGUCUGUUGUGCCUAAAUUGAAUGUGCAAUAUUUCAUAGAUUCUUUCUAAUAUAGACUUGCAGAAAAAUAGCUGCAAGUAGUAAGUGAGAGUGGGCAUCAUGCAUUCUUGAGUUUGCAUGGUGGUUUGUAUUCUGCCUCUUGGGCUGAAGUAACAGCACUUUUUAACGGCAGCCAAUCUAGUCUGGCAUAUAUAUUGAGUAGGGAAGAUUUCAAAAUAAGGAUUUUUUUUUUGGCUUCGCAUUUCUUCUAAAGGAAUGGCAACUAAACUACUUGUUCUUUGUCUCCUUUCUCCUGCUGCCAAAGGGAAAAGGCAGGGUAUCUUUCUUCAGAUAUAAACUUUCUUGUGUGGUAUGUGGUGCACUGUGCAGUACAUAUACUUAGACAUAGAAGUGAACCAAAGCUUAGGUCAUCUUGGUAGCAGUUUUGCUUACCCUCAUUUCACAAUCUAGCCCUUCCAGUCUCAAAAAGCUGCACUCCUGUAAGAUGGCUGGUUAUCCCAAGCUUGAGGCAUGAGUAUUGCUCUUCUGUUUCUAGUGACUUGAUAGAACUCUGUGGCUUCAUUUUAUGGAGGCUUUGCAUUGUUGUGUGGUCUUGAAUUGCUCCCUGCUUUAUCCUUGACCUGGAGGCCAUUUGAGGCUUUAUAGGUAAUGACUGCCUCGUGCUUGAUGGAUGCUUUCCAUUUAGGAAUGAAAGCUGUCGGGAGCCAGAAUUGGGGGUGGCUAAUGCAUUUGGCACUGCGGAUUACAGUCUGUGGCACUGCAUGUUCAAUCUUGCCUCUAAAGCUAAAAGUCUGAUUUAAAAAUAAAUCAUUGUAUCGGUACAAGAUUUUGUAUACUAGGUUUCAUACAGUCCUCCUUCUUGACUGUUGACCUGCUCUUGUCUGCUUAUAAUGACCUUUUUUUAAAAAACAACAAAAAACAAAUAGUGGAUUUGUGCUGUUACACCCAUUCAACUAGACACCUUUAAUGUGUUAUAACAGUUAACCCAUUGUCAUGAAGGGAACACACAUACACCCUUCUCAUGCCAAGAAGAAAUUAGUGCUGUACUGUUUUCUCAGAGAGUUCUAGUAGAUUUGGGGUUUAAACGCUGCAAGGUUUCAGAAGAGAUACCCAGCUUAUAUAGAUAUUUUGGGUGAUAUUGAAUGUUAGUCCUACUCAGAGUAGACCCAUUUAAAGGGGUAGAUAUGACUAACUUAGGUACAUUCAUUUCAGUGGGUCUUUUCUACUAGAACAUGGUUGAAUACAACCCAUGGUGUUUGUGUUUCAGCCAGAUUCAGGGGUGGACAGAGCUUAUUACUUUUAAUCACAUUCUCUUUUUGUGAUAGUUUAACUGUUGAAAACAUCAGUUUUAAACAAGAAAUCUUUAUUAUGCUUUCAACUGUUUGUGGAAACUUAAGUUCGUUUCUGAUCUAGCUUCAAAAGUCUGAUUGUAUCUUUGUAUGUGUACUCUGCUGAUAAGAAAAUAAUCAGUUGCAUUAUUGAGUUAAGGUAGUUAACUGUUUCUUAGUCACUUACAAUUCCUUUUUUGAUAGUGGGGAGAGAGCAAUCCUAACUUGUAUUCUGAAUAAUGUAUUGGUAUGAAUUGGUAUCUGUUGGUUAUUCAUUCAUUUUGGCACUCUUGGGGUAACCAAAAGUAUUCAUUUAUCUGCUUGAGUUGUUGCUAACUAUUUUAUUGCGUUUUUAUAUGUAAUUACAUGUAAGCACGUGUUCACACAGCACAUUUAUGUUGUAUUGAGAGGACUGUUGCAGUUCAUUCUUAGAACAGAAAUAUUCAUUUAGCAAUGCUCAGAAAAUUAAAUUUUGUUUUUCCAAGUUUGUAAAUAAGCAGCAAGGACUUCCUUCUCUCUUUUCUUGGUUCCCCAAAGUGUGUGUAUUGGGUUUCAAUCAUCAUUCAAGGUCUGCACUGAGUUUUACUGUAGUUGAUAUUGAAAUGAAUUGUGAGAGGGAAUGACAAAGCCAUUACUAUUCAGAAAUGCCAUUUAACAUUCUCCUCUGCUGUCAGGACAACAUAAAUAGUAUUGGAAGACUAUUCCUAACAGACUACUAGGACUAACAGCAGACUGUUCCUAGUCUUCUGAAGACUAACUCACAGAAGCAUGAUCUAACCUAGUGCAGCUGAACACAACAGUUCUGUAUUCUUGCCAAUAUUUGUAACCAUUUUUCUUGUGGGGAAAGUGCUAGGCUGAUGUCUGUGGCAUUGGAGAAAACUGUGCCGUGGUCCUUAAGGGCUCUAGGUGCAGGAGAGUAUUUAAUACUGACAUCUCUACCCCCCCCAAACGCUUUGGAAGCUGUGGUGGCUAGACCUAUGUUAGUAGGUGGAGGGGCUAUUUUCUGUACUUUGAUUACCUCACAUUAUGAUUUGUUUUGUUUUUCGUAUGUUGUAUAUCUUACUAUACGUUGAGAUGCUUGUGUAAGGUGACUAAUAAGCUUAAUAAAUAAUAAUUCCCAGCUUGCUAAAUCAUAGGUUAGGAGCACCGUUGUCACACACUCUCUCCUUGCCCCUCCUUGCCCCUCUCCUUGCUUUCUUUCUCACCACUUACUUCCUAGUAUAAUUUAGGUGUUACGGCCAAAAUGGGGAACUGAAUGUCAGUUUGCCCACCCCACCCAUCAGUUGUCUUCAAACUCUGGUUUAACAUCCCGGUUAAUGAACGGACAUUAAACUACAGUUCCCCAUUUUGGACAUAACAAUUGAGGUGGGAAUGCACAGUCUUGUCACUUGUUCCUAGGUGCUAAACGAUGGUUUAGCAGGCUGUGAACUCUGCCACAAAGCUAGGCCAGUAUCUACUUUAUGUUAAUGUGUUUUCCCCUUUAAUUCAGGGUCGGGCGCUAUCACAAUAAAACAUAAAUUCUGCAUUAAUGAUCAGUGAUGUAAAUCAGGGUUGGCAAACCAUUUUUGAGGCCAGGGCUGCAUUGAGCAGUGGCAGAACCCAAAGUUGCUUUCUUUCUAAAUUAAUCCCCCCCAACUGAGUGACUUUACCACUUAAUAAAUCAUGUUACUUAUUCUAUAGGAAUGGACAACCACCAUUCAUACCACCUUUCACUUCGUAAUUCAUCCAACGCACCUCAAUAUCGUGUGUGAUUUUCCCCUCUCUUUAACAAGCCACACUAUUUAUUCAUUUGGAUAAAUACAGUGGAUGUAGUAAAACUCGGGUCCAUUUCAAGCAAUGCUCACCAGUGUUUUGCUUUUAAAUUGGCAGCUUGCUCCUCCUCUGCAUUGCUCUCUGCUGUGCUGCUCAGCUAAGGUGGCUCCACGCAGAAAUCUCAGUGUUGCUCUGAGAUGCUGGUUCUGUCCAGCUGUCAGUGAUGUCUUCUGAAGAGAGAGGUAUUCGGCCCUGGGAGUAGGCGUUUUGGCUGCUGCCAAAAGCAAUCAUGACAGGUAAUCUGUCUUUGCAGUCCAUCAGCAGAAAACAGUUCAACUAACAUCAGCGGGAGGUUCACCUGAGUGCAAAAUAUUGUCAGGAACAAGCGGGUUUGGUGUGUAAGUUUAGGGACAAAACUAGCCAGAUGACACAGCAGGAACUAUCUGGCCAGGUCAAAAAUAAAUCUGUUUUCAUCAGAAUGGGGGAGGAGAAACCUCUGGGGCCCACAACAUCUUUUGGGAAGCCAUAUAUGGGCCACUGGUCAGCCACCUCUAAUGUAAAUUAAGCAAACUUAGCGAUCUGGCCCAGAUCUUGGGUUUGAAAGAAAUUUUGGAAACUGGGACAGGGAGAGAGAAUGGAGACUUGCAGCCUUGAAAGGAGGGGUGGGGGUGAUAGGCAAACUGAUCAUAUCUGCAUCUGGAGAAAAUAAACUAAUCUUUCCAUGCAGUGUCAGGAAUGCAAUGCUUUGUAAACAAUGUGAGUUUUCCCCAUUAACCAAGCAGCCACAUGGUGAGAAUAUCUUUUCCACCACCCAUUUCAGGGUGCCUGCCUCAGAACUGCUGCUUCAAAAGCUGUUUCCAAGCAAGAAAUGUAUUUCUUAUCCUUUGUAUACCUGAUUUUGGGCCAUGCAUGGGGAACCUGUGGACCUCCCAAAUGAUGUUGGACUCCCAACUCCAAUUCGGCCUUGGCCAGUAUGGCCACUGGAAAGGGGUGAUGGGAUGUUAUAUGGAGUGUCACUCAUUUUCCUGCCCCUUCUUUACGCCAUCUGGCAAAAUCUAGCUGAAACUGUAUCAUCAUAACAUUAUCUAGGGAUAAGUGACUGGAUCCAAAGGGACUUGUGUUAACUCAGUGGAAAUGUAGGAUCCCCCCUCGUGAACCCUGUUCCCCCCUACCCCCACUUGCUUUUGAAAUUCCCCUCAUGUUUUGAAAGCAGUUUCCUGUGCCAGCUUCAGGUCUCAGCUGCUGUUUGCAAAAUAUGAAUCAAACACCCUUUUUGAGAUCAUGGUACUUAUUAGUUUCAUGCUCUCUCUCUCUUGGCCAUCGUGUGUUAGCACUGUUCUGCCCCCCCCCGUGCUACAAAAUAUAUUAAUCAAGCUAAAACUAAUCCCGUUCUUAGAAAUCACCGUGCAAGGUAAUAUUCUGUAGACAUAAAUGACAUGGGCAUCUAGAUUGAUUUUUAUUAUGUAUGUUUCAAAAGUACUGUGCUUUGCAGCUGCAGCUUUUAACAUCUCUUGCACUUUCAGAAUUGCCAGCACUAUAAUUUAUCGUGCAACAUUAGACAUCUCUACUUGUAAAGUUAUAAUUUUUAAACUAUUGGAAUAAGACAUCACUUUCCACAAAAGUGUCAAACUAAUAAUCUGAAGAUGAAUUAAUGUGGAAUGUUAGAGAUGUGAAGGGUUGUUGAAGAAAUGGAAAGAUUGGGGGGGGAACCCUGUUUUUUUCUGGGCUUUCACAUCUCUAAACACUAUUCAUUUAAUUACGCUUAUCGUUUAAUAACCUGAAUGGCUGAAAUGGUUACAUGUUGCCACAUGAUCUGCCAUUGCCUCUUAACACAAAUAAGCCUUUGCUUGCCAAUGGCAGUCAAGCUUGCAAAUUAGGCCUAUGCUUUGUUUUUUUGUUUCAUGUCACAUGAUAGCUGGCACUUGAACUGAACAAGUGACUUCAGUAACACCCUCAGUGUUGCUCCUAACAAUUGCUGUUCCAUCAACACGCUUCCUCUGAAGUGAGAGGUUUGAUUUAGCCAGUGAUAGACCUCUGUUCCAUGAAUUAAUUUCAUCCCGUUAAAGCUAUUUAAGCCAUUAGCUAUCAGAACAUCUUGUGACAGUGAACUCAUAACAUAAAUGGAGCACUAUAUUAAUAACUGGAAGCUUUUAUUUUCAGGCCAUCUUGACAUGUGGGAGUCUUUAGAAAGUCUGGCCUUGAUAUGCUUUGUGUAAUUAGGGGUGGUGUGGUGAGCUGAAUAACACAGGUUUUUUUUACUUGGUCCUUUUUGAAUGGUGAGAUUUCUAUGGUAAAAUGUUUUAAAAUUGUGCCAUAGUGAUGGCACAUAGCACCAACUUUUAAAUGCUACAUACUCGAAGAUUUUUUUUAAAGACUACUUUGUCAACCUUAUAUAGAAAAGUCAUGUUCUAAAGAAUGUUAAAAAUAUCACUUGUAGUUUUUACUGCUGUGUCACGUCACCAGAGGGCCUUAUGUAUAUCACAGUGCUUGUGAUAGGUACAGUAGAUUACUUCAUGCUUCUCUGUAUUGGUAGUUAAUACAUUCAUGCAUCUUUAAGAAUUCAAAGGAGACAGCUAGAAACUGGGAGGUAAUGAGGGAAGCUAGAAUAUAUUGGUAUAGCAGGAAAUACUUAGCAAAUGAAAAAAACCAGAAUUAGUAUUGGGAAGGAGCAGGUGACUUUUCAUAAAUUCCAGUACUGCAAAAUACUUACAACUUCGACCAUCUAGUGUACUGGUCUUCAGCUAGUGGGUCAGGAGCCACUAUUGUGUUGUGGCCUUAUCUGAGGUGGAUAGCAACAGCAGCACUACAACCAUACAAAUAUAUGGUAAAAAAUUAAUGGUGGUGUUCAUUGAAGAGUUCCAUUAGGGCAAGGAUUUCUGUUUGUGCAACAGAAUGUCUCCCUGCCCUGCAUGACCCCCAAACCUUCCCCAGAUCUGCUCUGGAGCUUUUGAGGAACCUCUAGAACACAUGUGGGAGGGGAAGUUCCAUUGCACGGCCAGGAGUUCUUGCACUAAUGGAGCUGCUUUGAUGGAUACCACCCAAUGAAAUGGGUUUUCAAGUGUGUUUUGGGGUUAAAAGGUGGGUCUGGGUCUGAAAGGGCCAAAGGCUCCAGAGAGAGAGGGGUGUGUGUGGGGGGGGAGAGAGAGAUUGAUUGAUUUUGUGGAGGAAGAACAAGUUUGGAGGCUCUUGUUGAAUUUGUUAAGAGGGCAGAUCAUGUUCCUGCAUUUACCAUUGUAUGUAGAAGAUCAUACACCAUUCCUUUCUCCCCUCCCCUUUCUAAAUGGCUGCUGUUUGUAAAGUCUCUGCUUUUAUUUAAUAUAGUUCUGGCAUAAAAGUAGAACUGUCUUGAUUCUUCAGUUUAAGUCUCUGCUUAAUCAUCUUCCUAGCUAGUGCGGUCCUCAGCCUUAUUUUUUCUACAAAAAGUAUUACAGCAGGCUUACAGAAGGGAAAUAUUCCUUUUAGUCCCAUGCAGGAAUAAAGCCCCUACCCUCUUUCCAAGGCUGUUGCACUUACUGCUAGUUGAAAUUAAAAUUGGCUACAGCUAUUCCUCCUGGUAAGCUCCGUGCUAAUACAGAGGACCUUGGGUUUGCAUGGGUGUUUUGCAACAUCUGUGUUAUCUCAAAUAUCCAGGGGUCUUUGUUGGUGCAUCUUAAAAUGAAUACAACACACAAGCCUCCAUACACAUAUGGUAUCUGAAGGUUUGGCUGUCUGAUCAGGAUGUUUUUUAAUAUUUGGAAACUAAAUGUGAAGUUAAUGAGGGAGAAUAGGUUCUGAAGUCUUGUUUCCAUUUUUUAAAAAUGGAAAAUGCAUAUCUUUAUAUAUAUAUAUAUAUAUAUAUAUAUAUAUAUAUAUAUAACCAGUAUGUUAAUGUUAUUGUGUAAAAUAUUGCUGGUAUGUAAUGCAAUUGCAUAAUAGCCAAAGUUCUAAGUAACUUUUCAGUGUUAUUGUCUUGACUAUAAGCACCUCUGGGUAAGAUAUUAGGAAGACCUUCAUAAUGUUAAAGUUGGUAGAAAGGGGUAAAAAUAUUUGCCUCUUAGGAAAGUUUCAUUGAAGGAGUAUAAUUCUUGGUCAAAAGGAAUCAAGUGUUCAAGGAAUUGCACAGUGAUGCCAUUUGUGUGGAUUGGUUUGCUUUUAAAAGUUGUUAUAUUGGAUGCUGCACAUCCAAACAUAAUGAAGGUCUUUCCUGAGAAAUCAGGUGACUUUUUCUAUUGCUUAGACUUUUGUGGAAAAAAAAAGUUAGGGCAAUCUUUUUUAAAAAAGAGUUUGGGGAAGCAUUAAAUAUUUUGUUUAAGAACUGACAGAGGGAUAUGCUUUGUAUAAUAAUGCAAGAUCGCUUUAGACAUUGUAGCAAAUCAUGUUAAUAUGUGCAACCAGACUUGCAGAACAAUUGUAUUUUUUUAAAUAAAUAUUUUUUAACAAA